GCGCUCUCAAGGCGCGCGACUUCCGGUCGCGGGGGCUGUGGAGGAGAGACGCGUCAGGACCGGGCUGCCCGCCCCUCGUCUCCCCUCCGUCCCCCAUGCCUCUGCACAAAUACCCCAUCUACCUGUGGAAGUCCCUGAAGCUGAAGCAGGGCAUCUACGCCCGCCUGCCAGCCCACUAUCUGCGCGAGCUGCAGGACACCCGGAAGCCCACCCCGGUGCACUACCAGCCCCACGGCACCAAGUACCGGCGCAACCCCAAGAACGGGCAGCGAGAGCGGGUCCAGGAUGUUCCCAUCCCCCUCUACUUCCCGCCCGAGUCCCAGCUCGGGCUGUGGGGCGGCGAGGGCUGGAUCAGAGGCUACAGAUACGCCAACAACGACAAGCUCUCCAACCGUGUGAAGAAGGUCUGGAAGCCCCAGCUGCUGUCCCGAGAAUUGUACAGUGAGAUCCUCGACAAGAAGUUCAGCGUCACAGUCACCAGGCGCACGCUGGACCUCAUCGACGCCGCCUACGGCUUCGACUUCUACAUCCUCAAGACCCCCAAGGUGGACCUGUGUUCCAAGUUCGGCAUGGACCUGAAGCGAGGAAUGCUGCUCAGGCUGGCCCGGCGGGACCCCCAGCUCCACCCCGACGACCCCGAGAAGAGGGAGGCCAUUUUCCACAAAUACCGGGAAUUCGUGAUCCCCGAGGAAGAGGCGGAGUGGGUAGGGCUGACCUUGGAGGAAGCGUUGGAGAAGCAGCGCCUUUUGGAGGCUAAAGACCCCACCCCCCUGUUCAAAGUCUACGUGGACGAGCUGAUUCAGCAGCUGCAGGUCCAAGCCCUCUCUGAGCCGGCCGUGAUGUCAAAGACAGCGUAGAGGCCCAGAGUAGCCGCCUCAUUUGCCUCCCACGGACCGCCCGGGCAAUUCAGUCCUGCCAAGGCCCUGCCGGCACCAGAAACCAAGCCUUCCUGCCGGGAUUCCGGCCGGGCCCCGUUCAGAACUCCGAUAAACGUCCCGCUGGCCUCCUGUUCCGCUCUGUACCCAGCCAGCCGAGGCCCUGCUGGCGGCAGACACUGAGCCUUCCCGCCGGGAUUCCAGCCCAGCCUCAUUCAGAGCCACAGUAAAUGUUCUGUGUGCUGCUCACUC